UCAGCUUGCACAUUAAAAAGGAUUUUGUCACAGAGAGUUAGUUGCAAGAAAGUUAGGGGAGGAAAUGUCACUGUCAAAACUCCAUCAGAAGAUCGUCAAGAUCCUGUGCUCUAAUAAUGGAUCAUUACUUUAUCAGCAGCUCCGCACAACGAUCUCCAAAAGCGACGCAGUAUCUGACAUGCAUUUAACUAUGACAUUGAGAGGCUGCCAGCUUUUUACCAUCAUCCCCGGAACUGGGGGAGAAAUAUCAGAGUCCGAGCUGACAUUGGACAGUCGAAUCAUAGCCACUACCGCUGUCCGGCUCUGUAAGGACUACUCCAGCAAGAAAUGUGAAGAUUGUGACCAACUUCACCUGUGCAGAUAUUUUAUUCUGGGCCACUGCAAAUACUCAGAACAAAGCUGCUGUAAAGAAAUCCUAAAACAUAGGAAAGCACUAGAUGACAUGCAUGUGACAUCAGCAGACCUUGAGAAUGUCUAUUUGGCCAAUAACAAUGCUGAAGUGUCUAUUGGAGAAUUCAAUGAAACAUUAAGUUUUAAAGAAAUGAUUCAAAAAGAUAAAUUUUCUGAAAGUGCACAUGAAGUUCGGAGAAGGCCAAGAUUUAUCUCUAAAGACGAUGUGGAGAGAAAAGUAAAGAGUGUUCAGUCGCGACAAGGGAAAGCCAGUUCCUGUGAAUCAAAAAGGGUUCCAGAUUAUUGGGACAAGUCAGCUUUGACAAGCAUAGGCUACACGCGUACCCAGCUCUCUCCACUCUCCAAUGAAUAUAAGAAAAUCCAGUCUCUCUUCGAGAACAGCAUGAAGCCUGGCAAUAUCCAGAAAAUUGACAGAAUCCAAAACCUUGGACUUUGGGAAAUAUUUCAGUGGCAGAAAGAACAGAUAAAGAAAAAGAAUCACGCGGAUGCAGAUGAACGACUUCUUUUUCACGAAGUCACAGAUCAUUCAAUUAUUGAUGCCAUUUGCUACCAGAACUUUGAUUGGGGAAGCUUCACACAGAGUGGAACUUCAUAUGGAAAAGGGACAUACUUUGCCGUGAAAGCAUCCAAUGCCAACUUUGACUUGUACUCAGAUUCUACAGCAAAUUUCAAAAUCAUGUUUUUGGCACGGGUUUUGGUAGGAAAGUUUAUUAAAGGACAGCCAAGCUAUGAUCGGCCACCAUCCCAAGAUGUCACAAGCUUCAAACCCUAUGAUAGCUGCGUUGACUGUGUUGAUAAUCCAUCUUUGUUUGUCAUAUUCGAGAAAUAUCACAUUUACCCAGAAUAUGUGAUCCAGUUUAGUAAUAAAAUGUAGAAAAUUGUUUGUUUCUGGACAAUCUGUGGCCGAUAAUGAUAUCAUGGGGAGAUAUGACAAAAUUUUUUUUGGUUUAAGGGUUAUGUACUACCUGGGAAUUUAACACUUUUAAUUUCUACUAAUUAUGGAUUGAUUUUGUAAGUCUGUGCAUGACCAGACAGUUAUUGCACGCAGCCAUUGCACAUCAGAAAAUUGCGUGAUGUUGCAUGCUUUUUUCUGGUCUGUGCUGGUGGUGUUGUGGCCUCAAGUGAGACCUUAGUAUCAGUCUAAUUUGCUCCAAAGACUGGUGUCUACAAAGUGUUCUGUCCCUCCAGAAAUAGUCUCUCUCCAACCUCAAACAGAGAGCACAAUCUUUUUCCCUCUGGUUCUAAUGACCUGUCUGAAUGAGACCGGUGGUUUAGUGAGAGCUUGUGCUUGCUUACAAGUGGUAUGUCUUCAAUUGGUAGGUUGUAAAUGCCCACAGCGUCCCUAGUUUUGGAUAAAUAUUUAAUUGUAUCAGAUUAAUGUGUAUUAUAGGUUAAGUUACAAAAAUGUUUUUAAUAUACUUAUCAUUUUCUUGGACAAGAUUUUUAAAAACUAUUCUAAAGAUCUUUUUAGUUCCCAAUGUUAUCCUUAUAACUUCUUGGUCAUCAGUUCAGCCCUCAAUUCUUUCUCACGCAGGAUUUUGAGAAAACAAGAGGUUUUAAAUAGCCAAUAAACAAUAGGUUUAUUUGACAUCAUACCAAUUGUAUUGGAAACCACAUCAGUUGAAACAACUCCAUCUACCUUUGUUCAAUUUAUGUUGAAAGUUGUUCAGUGUUUAUUCACAAGUACAUCUUAAAAAAGUCUUUCCAUUACAAACUGUGAUACUAGGAAAGUCUUUAUUUCCUCACUAUUUGGCCACAAAAUUAACUUGAUCAAAUUAGACUAAAUUUCCUUGCCUAUAAGUUAUACUUUCAAGAGGAUUUAAUGGUCUUUGUUUAAUAGAUCUGUUUACAUUUUGCCUCUGCUCAAAUUAACAUAGGUCAGAAAUCACACGACACCAAGUUAUAGUCUAAUAAGUUUAUUUGAAAACACGAGCUUUCAGAGCCUCAGUCCUUCUUCAGGUGUAACCAAGGCUUUACAACACUUUGUUUUUCCUCCACCAUUGUCCCCAAAAAGCUAAUAGAAUCACUUUGCAAUGAUCGUAUUGAAUCAUAUAAACAUGUUGCUCACUUGAGGGAAUUUACUCAAUUGCAUUAGCUGCAUCAUUUUAUGGUUUGUGUUUCUCCUUGAUUGCAGGUUUAUAUAGGUUAUUAUUCUGUUUUUUUUAAAGCAAGUAAGUUUACCUAAUUUAAAGAAAUAUUGUCUUACUAAUGGGAUAGAAUGCACUCCAGAAGAGCCAAGUGUAACAGAUGUGGCAUUUAUGUGGAACACAUAUCAUUGGUGACUGUGCCUAUUAGGUUUUCAAUUUGGGAAAUGAGAGUUAUCACCAUUACUACCCAUGUCCUUAAAUAUGCACAUUUCCUUCUUUUCUUCUUUUGUUGUAGCUCUGAUUUAAGGAUGAUAACAGUUCCAUUUCCUCUUAGAAAAUUCUACUCUUAUUAAACCAAGUUGAGGAUAUUUUGCUAAUCUUAUUUGAGGGACUUGCUCCUUCUACUUAUUCAUAAAAGUUGGAAUGAUCUUUUGUCCUAAAAGUGGAAAUCUUUGACCAUCUUUUUUUUUGAAUGGUGAUGGCAACUGAAAAUAUUCCUCACCUGUUAUAUGGAGAUGGAAUGUUAAUAAAGACGGAUAUAAUAUAUGAUUGCAAUAUUCAUUUCUAUAUUAUUUUCUUCCUACUGUCAUUAACCAUAUUGAGGUCUAUACAAUGUAAUUGUGUAACUCCUACCGUGCAUUCAUCUCAGUUCCUGUGCUUUCAGGAAUCUGGUUUGAUACUGAAUGUUUGUUCAAAUAAAUCUUUUGGAUUAUA